AUGAGUAGGCUUGAAGCUCAAGGUUUUGGGAAAUUUCCUUCCCAAACAAUUAUAAAUUCUCAAGAAAAUAUAAGUGCCAUUACGUUGCGAAGUGGAAAAGAAAUUGACAUUCCUAUUCAGAAUCCUACAGAUUUAGCUAAGAAGACUCAAAAAGAGGAGGCAGAAAAUGAGGCGACAAUCUCUUCUAAGGUAGAAGUGAACAUUCCUUUAUUGGAUGCCAUUAAGCAAGUCCCAAGGUACGCAAAAUUUCUCAAGGAAUUGUGCACCAAUAAGAUGAAGUUGAAAGGUAAUGAGAAGGUAAGUAUGGGAGAGAAUGUUUCAGUCGUACUUCAAAAGAAAUUACCUCCCAAAUGCAAGGACCCAAGUAUGUUCACUAUCCCUUGCAAAGUAGGUAAUGUCAGGAUUGAGAAAGCAAUGUUAGAUCUAGGAGCUUCAAUAAAUGUUAUGCCUCUUUCUAUUUAUUCAUCUUUGAAUAUUGGUCCAUUGAAAGAAACAAGUGUGAUUAUUCAACUUGCUGAUAGAUCUAAUGUGUAUCCUAAGGGAGUUCUUGAGGAUGUUUUAGUGCAAGUUAAUGAAUUGGUUUUUCCUGUUGAUUUUUAUGUGCUUAACAUGGAAGAAGAUGACUCAUCUAAUCUAGCACCAAUCUUAUUAGGGAGACCAUUUCUAAAAACAGCAAGGACAAAGAUUGAUGUUCAUGAUGGUACCCUUACCAUGGAGUUCGAUAGGGAGAUUGUGAAAUUUAAUAUAUUUGAUAACAUAAGGUAUCCUAAUGAUGUUCAAUCUGCAUUUUCUAUUGACGUGGUUAAUGCUUUUGCACAUGAGACUUUUGAGUUGAGACAUGAGGGCAAGACGAAGGUAAGGACAAAGGAUAAGAAAAAGGACAAGACAAAUGUAAUACCCGAAAUUAUUAGAAAAUGGAAGAUAGAGAUAAUUCGAAAAUAA